AUGGCCAAUUCUAUGAAAGAGAAGUCAGCGGGCUCGGUCACAGUCGUCGGGCGCGUGCCGGCUACCGGAUGCGCCAGCGGCGACAUAAUGUGGCUUCUUGACGAGCCUAAUCAACCUUAUGAAGACUGUGAACAGCUGCUAUGUUUCCGCUAUUACAAUGGCGAAGGCGAGGAGUGCGCGGCAGAGUCACCAGCUCUCCCUGCGCGCUUCAAGGUGGACCUCAAGAAGUUACCUCUACGACUCAAAGAGGGAAUCUCAAGGAAACGCAGCGGCGAUCAAGUGUCGCCAUUCUCGUACAACAACGAGAGCUUCGAAAUGAACUCGGAGAACCCGCCCCGCAUCGAGUUUGUGCCGGGCACCAGUCACGAAAUCAGAAAUCUCAGCGAGAAUGUCAACAAAUGCUCAAUUAGUGCUUUAGAAAGUAACGGGAACAAUCUCGAACAAACAAAAUGUGAUCCUAGUAAAUCUCUAGUUAGUAAUUUAAGUCAAGAAUCUCAAAAUGUAAAUAGUGAAUCUCGGAGUACUACAGACUGCAAACCCACGUCCUCGGGCGUGAAGAAGAAGUGUCCUCCGCCCGUGGACACUGGUGGCGGGCAGGCACUCAAUGGCGUCAAGAAAAAGUCAAUAGCUAACAGCGGGUUUGACUCACCUACUUCCCCGGGCACUGAGUAUUACAAAAUAUGGUCACCAAAGAAUCCUUGUAAAAUAAUGAAGUUCGUAUACGAUGUGGAGAGUGCGAAUGUGCCCAGUGAAGCAGAAAAGUCGCCAGUGCCACCGCUACCGCCGAGACAAUCACACAAACCCCUUGAAAGAAUGCACGCAUUAUCUCCGCCACAGGUACCCAGACAUAGAAAGCCAAAAAAGUUGACGAAGCCCGAAGAUGCAUUCAACUUUGAAUUGAUCGAUACGGAUGAACAGUUCUUCACUGACAAUAACAUAACAAACUCAGCUGCGUUACAGGGUGAACUAAACGAUUUCAAACCCGGAGAGUUUUAUUCUGGCAAUCAAAUAGCUACGUCUUCAACAGCAAGUUUUUGGAGAGGAGGCCAAAAUGUUGCUCCCUUAGCAACACCUGAAACUGAUGGCAGCUUAUGUGAAUCGACAAUUUCAUCUAUGAAGUUAUCUAGGCUAAACGAGGAUAAGAGAUCAAAAGAUGUACCUGAUGGCGCCCCCAGCGUGAGUAGGAAUAAGAUAUUGUUUAUAAAAGAUAUUGGUCCUGAUAAUUACAUAACCACGACAUUUGCACGGAAAGAAAAACCCAGUCCUCCCAAAGACGAAGUGGAUGGGGUAAACCGAACGCCAAAUCAUGCCAAAUCUGAAGAAAAAGCUCAACACACGUUUUUGAAUGAUAUUAGUAAUCACUCGGAGUUUGAGGACGACAACAGAAAUCAGAUUGAGGAAAAAGAAAUUACGGUAUUAAAAGGUCACAAACCACUCACGAGGCAAAACUCUGGACGUGCUACACCAACUAUGAUGACAGCGUUCCUCAAUUCUUCUCACGUAGAUCCUCCUACUAGAGAAACUGACAACAAUAGCUCCAACGGUCACAGUUCCUGCAACUCAUCACACUCGACGUCACCAGUCGAUGAUUCAAAUAAAAUGAUGCCUAGUGUGGGAACGAUGAUUAUGAAUCGAAAACAUUCGUGUGACUCCUCAACGCCUAAACAUUCGAGUUUACCGAGACAUUUGAUUAAAAAUCUUGGAUGCGAAGGAACUCCAAAGCACUCUCCAAAUAAAACUACGAACAAUGUAGAAAGCCCGGUGAGGCCGCACCCCCGGGUGCUGACCCGAGUGGCAGCGCUGGCGGGCGGCGCGGUGCCGCAGUGCCCGCCCACGCCCACUCACCACGCGAGAAGACCGAGGCCUCUACCGCCACCAGACUUACACCCGCCUCCUGUACAAAACUCUGACAAUAGACUGGAAAACUUCGAAAUGGUAGAGUUCACGAAUGAACUCAGGACGUCUGAAAUUAGAUCUCCCAAUAUGGAAUUUGUAAAUAGUAAUCACUUUACGAUAGUGCACGCAGGACCACCGGAGGAUGUAGUAUUAAGGAGGCCGAGGCCAGUAGAGGAUAUUGAUGACAAUGACAACGCGGUUGCCUCACCCACGCCUUUGAGGCACAUGGCGGGUAUAAGGCUACCUUCUAUACCGGAAAGGGCAUCGAGGCAGAUGGCAUUGACGGGUGAUUUUCCUGCUAAUAUGAUUGGCGGGAUCAUCGAGUGCGAGGAACCUUUACCUGCAGGGUGGGAGGCCCGCAUGGACAGUCACGGUCGCGUGUUCUACAUCGACCACAUCAAUAGAACGACCACGUGGCAGAGACCAGGUCUUAAUGGCACCACGCCGCGGUCACCUGCGCCGGAGGUACAGAGGCGGCAGUUAGAUAGACGAUACCAAUCAAUUCGUCGCACAAUGACGCGUACACAGCUGGCCGAGGAAGAAGCCGGUGCGUGUGCGUCCCCGCCGCCAUGUCAUGCGCACGCGCAGGCCGGCGCCGGCGCCGCGCCCUCCGCCGCCGCCUCCACGUCGCGGGCAGGGGACACCUCGCACGUACCUCACCCUGCUGCAUUCUUCCUCGCCAGGCCUGACUUCUACUCCAUACUGCAUAUGAACCAGGAAGCAUCCGUCCUAUACAACGGCAACUCUACAUUGAAGCACAUGAUUUCGAAGAUCAGACGGGAUACCACAUCGUUCGAGCGGUACCAGCAUAACAGGGACCUGGUAGCUCUAGUCAACAUGUUCAGCGAAUCCGAUAGGGAACUGCCACUCGGAUGGGACACCAAACUCGACAGGAAUGGAAAGCGAUUCUUCGUGGACCAUGUGAUGCGGCGGACGACGUUCAUCGACCCGCGAGUACCACGGGGCGCGGCCGCCGGCCCGUUCUCUCCCCUACUGCCGCAGCGUCGACGACCCCUCGUCGACCCACCGGCUCCAACACCUCCACCACGGCCACCACUAUCGGCUGCGGAUGCGCAAGUAACCAACACACACCAAGAAAUACCUGUCGCGUAUAACGAUAAGGUGGUAGCAUUUCUGCGUCAGCCAAACAUAAUGUCAAUUCUACGGGAACGGUGUGGCGGCUGCGGAGGGGGACUGCGGGAGAAGGUCAACACAGUCCGCGUCGAAGGCCUGCCUGCACUCACCCGGUAUCAGAACGACGUGCAGCUCACUUGCUUACUCAGCCUGUUCGAGCAGGAGAUCAUGAGCUAUGUGCCGGCGGGCGGGUGCUCCAUAGCUGCGGCGUCCGCGGGCGCUUCGCCCUCGCCGGCCGCGUCACCAGCUGCCGCCCGCAGCACCAGGGCGCCCGCGCCGCAAAGACGAGACUUCGAGGCCAAGCUCCGAGCCUUUUACAGGAAACUAGAGAGCAAAGGCUACGGACAAGGACCUGGCAAAUUAAAACUCCACAUUCGUCGCGAACAUCUUCUAGAAGAUGCCUUCAGAAGAAUAAUGUCUUGUGGAAAGAAAGAACUGCAGAAGGGCAAGCUCUGCGUGCUGUGGGAUGGAGAAGAAGGACUGGACUAUGGAGGACCUAGCAGAGAGUUCUUCUUCCUUCUAUCGAGGGAACUCUUCAACCCUUAUUAUGGACUCUUCGAGUACUCGGCCAACGAUACGUACACGGUUCACGUGUCACCAAUGUCAGCGUUUGUCGACAACCAUCAUGAAUGGUUUCGUUUCUCGGGCCGCGUGCUAGGCCUGGCCUUGGUUCACGGCUAUCUACUGGAGGCGUGGUUCACUCGAGCGCUGUACCGAGCGCUGCUGCGUCUCCCGCCCGCGCUAGAAGAUGUAGACGCCCUCGACGCACAGUUCGCUGCCUCAUUGCGCUGGUUACAGUCAGCGCGAUGCGUGUCGUCCCUGGAGCUAACGUUUGCGGUGUCGGAGCGUCUGGCGGACGGGCGCGUGUUGGAGCGCGAGCUGAAGCCGGGCGGGCGCGAGCUCGCCGUCACGGAGCGCAACAAGAAGGAGUACCUCGAGCGUGUCGUGCGCUGGCGCGUCGAGCGCGGCGUCGCUGAGCAGACCGAGUGGCUCGUCCGUGGCUUCCACGAGGUUGUGGAUCCCCGGUUAGUGGCAGCGUUUGAUGCGCGGGAACUGGAACUGGUGAUCGCGGGCGCACCCGAGCUGGACGUGGCGGACUGGAGGAAUAACACCGAAUACCGAGGAGGGUACCACGACGCACAUCCUGUCAUUAUCUGGUUCUGGCAGGCCAUUGAUAGGUUCACGAACGAGCAACGACUGCGAUUGGUACAGUUCGUGACGGGCACGUCGUCCAUCCCGUACGAGGGCUUUUCAGCACUGCGCGGCUCCACCGGGCCGCGCCGCUUCUGCAUCGAGCGCUGGGGCCGCGUGGAGUCGCUGCCCCGCGCGCACACGUGCUUCAACCGGCUCGACCUGCCGCCCUACCCGACGCCGCAUCUGCUGCACGAGAAACUGCUACUGGCCGUCGAGGAAACCAACACCUUCGGCAUCGAGUGAAGCUUGCGCCGCGCCCUCGUGGACUCUAAAACGCUUUUCGUACUGUACAUCUAUGACGAUGUAGUACGUUGAACCUAAAUAAAGCUCAAGUAGCGAAUGCUUCAUAUUACUCUGAAUACUAGGACUCGCUCCCACGAGUUAUCACGGCCGUUGCCGUUAUUGUGGUAAAAAAUCUUAUCUGGCCUGGUACGAUAUUCGUGAUAAAGCACCACAUGACCUCGUGUUUUCCCCGCAUAGUAAAGUUGUUAUAAAUAUUUAAAGUUUAGUUAACUUAAGUAAUUGUAACUAAGUAAGUCAACUAUACCCCAUCCUUACAAUAAACACAUUUAUUAACAUCAACAAUGACCGUCAAGAAGUGUGUUUAACAACAGAGAUUGAGAGUAGUACUAUAUUACUGAAGUAUUAAGAAAAUCUAUAUUAGCAGCUGUAAAUAAUUGUGACUAAUUACAAGUAUUGUUGUCAAUGUAAAUAAUAGUCAAUUUAUAGUAUAACAGACAAACAAAGAUAGAAAUAUUUUAGCAGUUUAAUAAAGUAACAUGUGUAGACGUGCCUAGGUAUUUAUUAUUAUUAUUGGAAGUGGCCACGUGACUACGGGGUUUGUACUUUAUUAUCGCUUUUGUUAUAAGUGAACGUAUAUUGUGGCUGUGAAACGGGACUUAAGUCCUGUGUUUAGUAAUUACGCUUUUACGUCACUAAUUUAUGUUAUUGUAGUAACCUAUAUCACCUUUGAUAAGAACAUUAAUUUUAAAUUAUUGUGAACACAGAAAAAUUUUGCAUAAAUUAAAAAAUGAACUAAAUAAUAUUACAUAAUUAACUGCUAAUAUGAGUAAUUCAAAAGUAUGUAAUGUUUAAGUUCUUUGUGUCUUUAAUUACAAGCAAACACUAGUCAGCUACAUUAUUAUCAAUAAUUUUGUUUGAACUAAAAUAUCAAACACUUGUAUAUUUUGAAAACUAUCACUGCUGUGUGAACUGAGCACUCAGUUAUAUAAGAUUUACAAUAUCACUAUAAAAAGCUUCAAUUACCUAUUUUAAAUCAUGAUUGAACAAAUUACAUGCAAGUUCAGUAAACAAUUUAUGUUCCUUUGUUACAUUAAUUUUGUAAUUUGAUCAGUUGUAUAGUUAUAAUAAAUGGCAAUGCUGUGGUUCAUAAUAAAAUAAUAGUUGCUUGUCUCAACAUGCGGACAACAGUAUGUGUCUCAGAAUGUAAAUAUCUUAUUUAUUGUGCUUAUCAACACUUCUGUGUAAUUGAUGUUUAUUUUUGUAAGUAAUAAUUAUAUUAUGUUGAAUAUUUAACUCAAAAUGUGUAUUGUUUUUAUUAUCUUAAAUUUUAAGGAUAUUGUUUUUGUGUGAAAGUGAUAAAAUGUGUCAAUAUACAAGAUUACUUCAGUUUUAAUGCUUUUAUUUUUACCCCCGAUCAAGUAACACAAGUGCAAAUUCUGCACACAUUAUUCAAUUUAGGACUUCUAGCUUAAAGGCUGGGGGAGGAGUACAGAAAAUAGGAAAAGUAUUAAGAAAAAUAUCACACAUACAAAAUGUUUAUUUUUCUGAAGUUGUGUAACAACAAAAAUCAACCUUGUUAUUUUUAAGACCUUAACUUUUAACAUAUAUCAACUAUUUACAGUUCCCAAAGUCUGCAUUUUGUCCAACACAAACUCACUUUAAAAUGCAACAAGGGUUAAUUUGCAUGAUCUACUCUAAAUUGUGACGGAGUUAGUUCAUAGCUUGUCACAGUCAGUAAGAUUAAAAUCCUUAUUCCAUAAAACUCAGUUAAAUCAUAAGCUGAUGUGAUUACAAUAUCGUAAAAGCUACUGUUAUAAUAGUUCAGUAUGCAUAUUGUAGCUAUGUGAAUCCAAAAUUAAAAACUCUUAAAAAUAAUCCUCCCCCUCUACAACAUCCUAUGUGAUUGGCGAGCAAGACUAGUCAACUCCCUAAUAUAACCUUUAUCAAUGUAUUCCGAUUGUCAAUAGUAAAUUGAAAGGUGGUUUCCGAAGAAAUCAACUACAUUUUAUAAUGUAAUAUAAUACACACUUGUGUAAAUAUUUUGUAUAUUUACUUCAAAAAUAACGGUACAUACAAUAUGUUAAUUUGUAACUCUAUCGAAAGGGAGAAGAACAAAGGCUCACUGUGAGUCUAGCCAAGAGAGGGAAAAUCCUUGCUGUCAUCAACUUUUGGUGGUGCGACCUGCGCGCGCAAUGGCGGGCGCUCCUCCAUAGGCUCGGGCUCGCGUGGCGGGCCUCGGCCUCUUCCGCGCCCGCGUCCACGGCCACGGCCUCCCGUGCCGCCGCGUCGCGCUGUGUCGUUGAACGUGAACUCAAUGCCGAGCACACGCUUCUGACGACCCACGCGCUGCGGAUAAUCGGCCAUAUCAUACUCGUCAUCGCUGUCGUCAUCCUCACCUCUUUCACCUUCCUUCUUCUUCUCGAGCAUCACCAAGUUCUUCCACUGGCUGAGGUCUUCACCUUCACCGGCCUUCCGCAGGUUGUAUUGCGGCUGCGUGCGUUGGGCAUUUCGGAGUGCCUUGUACUCGUCAAGUGUGAGUUCGCGGGGCUCCUCUUCUGUAGGAGCAGCUGCGCGCUCGGCCUCCGGCUGCUGGCCGUCACCAGCGCCAGCUGCAUCGGCCGCCUUCUCCUCAACAACCUCUCCUUCAGAACCGGUUUUGUUGAGCUCGUCAAUCUCAUCCUUGAGAGUACCCCAGUUGUGAGGGCCGGCGCCCUCGCGCUUGUCCACUGGCUUAACACCGGUCUUGUCAGAGCCGGAUCUCCUGUCAAACUCACGCUUGCCUCUAUUGUCGUACGGACGCGGCCCGCGCGGUCCGUCACGAGCUUCACGAGGUUCACGAGGCGGUCUGGGCCCGCGGCGUUCGGCUCCAUCAGGAUUGUCGCUGAAGUUACGUCGCUCAUAAUUGGGCCUGCGAUCACCAAACUCACGCCGAGGUGGCCGUGGAGCUCCAUCCUUGUUCUCGACAGCACCGUUCUGCGGCCGAUCCUCGCGGCGACGCGGAGGAGGACGCUCGGUGUUGCGUUCAUUAGGCCUGGCAGGUCCCUUGGCCUUCUGUUGCUCGCCACUUCUGUUUUCUUGAGACUUUACAUUCUGGGUUUCCUUGAUACCUUUCCUGGUAGCGGGAGCGCCACCUUUAGGUUUGGUCUCAGGUUUGCCCUUGUUCUCUUUUUCGGCUUCUUUGGUUUUCUUUUUGAGCUCCUUCGCCUGCUCUCGCGCUUUUAACGCAUCAAGAGGAUCGGACUCAUCGUCCAAGAAAAGAGCGUAUCUGUUCACAACCCCCACACCGUAGGAAUUCUCCAUUGUGAUCCUCUUGAUGAUUUAAUCACACAAUAACUGGAUGUUGUUGGAUUAUUUUCACGCACUUUAGUAAGGCGACAUUUUGUCUUAUUUUAUUGAUUUCAUUUAAUAUGGCGGACGUAAGCGAACGCACCUAAUACGCCAUAUGACGAAAAGGAAUAGAGAAAAGAACGAAAAUGGCCGAACAGUUUUCUUUUUAAAUUCUUGUCUAUGGUUUGCAAUCCUCUAUUUUUA